UCAGACUUGGGACGACAUCAACAAGUGCGCCAAGGACGAACGAUUAGAUAAAACCGGCACGUGCUGCAUCUACCCUAUCACGACCUCGUCGCCGCCGCCGACUUGGGCAUAUCCCUCCCUCUAAGCAAACGAAGCCAACCUAAGUCUGCCGUCGCACGGUUUCAAGAGACCAUCCUCACCCGGUCUACUACUCACCCACUCCUCAACGUCAAAUCAGCAACACAGGUUCCAACAGGUUUACCACAGUAUUGAAUCCCGGACUUAAUCAUGGUGACCACCGGCGACGUCUCCGGGCGCGCCGCACAUUCGGCCGGCACCAAAAGGUCUAGUCAUGAAACACGCAGCCAGGCAGUCCACCCAUCAACAACGAGGGUAACGAGAUCGUCGAGGCUGCAAACACCGCCUCCCCCGUCAUCCGGAAACUCGCGCGAGGAACCACCGACGGAGAUUGCCAGGAACCCACGGGCACCAACCAGAACUGAGAAUUUUGUGAACAGCUUGGACGUCGAAGCAGUUGAUAGCGCUUUGCGCCGGGAGAUUCAGCAACGCCAAACUUCACCAGGGCCAAGUUCGCAUAGGAAGCGACAACGCAUCAACGGAGAUAGGUUUAUUCCCACCCGGUCCGGUCAGGAUUUGCAAGCCAGUUUCAGUCUUUUGCAUGAAGAGGGCUCUCCGGCGACGCCUAGACAGAAAAGGCGCACACCACAGGGGGAGCUUCAUUUUCAGAAAACCGAGGAAGCAAACCGUACGUUCUCAACUGUGCUUCGAUCAGAAUUGUUUGAGAGUACUGUCCCACAGAUUGCCCCCGAGUCUUUAUCACCAGACCAUAGGAGAGCAUCGCGGGGUUAUCUACAUGAGGGUACAAGGUCUCAGACGCCUCCUCGGAAUGGGCUCCAAGCCGCGGCAGCACCGACAACCCUUACCCCCUCUACACCUCACAAGAACCUGUUCUCGUACCUAUCACCACGACAUGCUAGCCUUGGCGGCCAUCCAACGCCAUCAAGGACGCCACAAAGUCGACAUGGCAUCAACCUGGACACCCGGGCCGAAAUCUACAGUCUCUCACCCAUAAAACAUAAAAGCCAACAACUUUUACUGAGCCCGCGAAAGCAGCCGCGCGCCAUCAGCAAGGUACCAUUUAAGGUGUUGGACGCCCCUGAGCUGCUAGACGACUACUACUUGAAUCUAGUCGACUGGGGGAGCGCCAAUGUCCUGGGCGUUGGUUUAGGAUCCAGCGUCUACAUGUGGAAUGCGCAAACAAGUAGAGUCAACAAGCUGUGCACGUUGGAGGACGACACGGUGGCCAGCGUAUCUUGGAUACAAAAGGGGACACACCUUGCUAUUGGUACCCAUAAAGGACUGGUGCAGAUCUGGGAUGCUGAGAAAGCAAGAAGGCUAAGAACGAUGACUGGCCAUACUGGCAGGGUUGGAGCAUUGGCAUGGAACACUCACAUUCUCACGUCAGGGUCCCGGGAUCGCCUAAUAUACCAUCGCGACGUCCGAGCGCCAGAUCAGUGGCUAAAAAAGCUGGUUGGUCACAAGCAGGAAGUGUGUGGUCUCAAAUGGAAUUGCGACGAUGGCCAACUUGCCAGUGGAGGAAACGACAAUAAGUUGAUGGUUUGGGAUAAGCUUUCCGACACACCUCUAUGGAAGUAUUCCGGUCACACAGCAGCCGUCAAAGCGAUAGCCUGGUCACCACAUCAACGCGGUCUCCUGGCUUCCGGAGGCGGUACUGCUGACAGACGCAUCAUCUUUCACGACACCGUUCGCGGCACGGUACUCAACGAGGUGGACACGGGCAGUCAGGUCUGUAACAUUGCCUGGUCCAAGAACUCCAACGAAAUUGUCUCGACGCAUGGUUAUAGCCAGAAUCAGAUAGUAGUUUGGAAGUACCCCUCCAUGACGCAAGUCGCCAGCCUGACCGGUCACACUUAUCGGGUGCUGUACCUUGCCAUGAGCCCGGACGGCAAAACCGUGGUGACGGGUGCCGGAGAUGAGACAUUGCGGUUCUGGAAUCUCUUCGGCAAGAGCCCGAGGAAAAGUGUCCACGACCUUGAUGGAGGCGGCAGUGGACGGUCGGGCGACUGGGGAGUCAUUCGAUGAUGACGUGAAGGAUAAGGAGCCCGCAACGGGCGGGAAGGCACUUGGCCCAUGGACUGAAAGAAGGCGACCGAAGAUCGAGACCGCCAGCAAAGAGCAGCCGUCGAGAAAGAUUGCCAUGAUCAUACAGCGUGUAUCACUCAGCUGUUUGAGCUUGAUGCUCCGGCAUCUUACCCUGUUCAACUUUGAUGGCAUCGAUCUCGUAAAAGGCAUCGGACCUUCUCUUGUCCUGACUAUGAUGUGUGCGCAAUCUAUACAACACGCCAUUUUCUCACA